AUGCAGACUCCCUCCCAGCAACAGUGUAUAGUGGAAAAAAGAGUGGACAAAAGUAAAGCUAUAGAGGACAAGAUUGAGCUGGAUAUGGUAAACUUUCCAGCUUUAUCAGUUAUUAUUAUGAGGAAUUCCUUUGAGCCAUUGAACAAGGGAUCAUGGUGUACUAGCAAUGUACUCCCUGAUAAAGGAUGGAACUAUGCUACCAACUAUCAAGAUGCUUCAAAUGGGAGGAUAUGGUUUACCUGGGAUUCUCAGUGGUACAAUGUUACUAUCCUAAGUGUUGCAGCUCAAUUUAUACACUAUUUGGUACAAGAUAGGGUAGGGAUAGUUGACUGUGCAGUUACAGCUAUAUAUGGAUACAAUACUAUAGAGCAAAUAAAGCAGUUAUGGAGUGGCUUAAAGAGCAUUGCAGCAGGAAUCACAAAACCAUGGUUGUUAUGUGGGGACUUCAAUGCAGUUCUAUAUACUAAUGAUAGGCUGAUGGGCAAUCCUAUUACUUACACAGAAGUGCAGGACUUUGCUGAUUGUGUAACUACUCUGACUUUGAAUGAGCUAGCAUGGACAGGCGAUUACUACACAUGGUCUAACAAGCAAUCUGGUGCAGAAAGGAUCGACAACAGGAUUGACAGAGCUUUUGGCAAUUAUGAGUGGAUGAUGCAGUGGGGUUAUGUGAUCACUGAGUAUGGAUUACUAUACAUAUCUGAACAUACUCCAAUGUUGAUUACUCUUCAUUCAGCUUCUAAACCUGAAAGAGUCUGGAACCAAUCAUAUACUAUGGGCAAAAUGAAGAACAUCUGGGUAAAACUGAAGGAACUAAGACCUUUGUUCAGGACUCUAAAUACUGAACACUUUGGAACUAUUAGUAUGAAGAUUGAGCAUACCAGAAUAAGCUUAGAGGAGGUGCAGCAGAAGAUCAAUGCAGCAUACAAUGACUCUCUGAUUGAAGAAGAGAAAAGGUUGUUGCAGAAUUUAGAAAAAUGGUCUUUAUUGAAGAAAGUGUAUUAA